UUUCUGCCACGUUGAUCAGCCGCCAUCUUGAAUUUUAUCAAAAAUCACAGAUUUUGUUAAGUUUUAUUGCUUGAUCGAGAGCGUUUUCUUUAAAAAUAGUGGGACUUAUUCGUACACCAUGAUUUCCGGAAUGAGUCAUUAUAGUCAGCUAUUAAUUUGGCUAGUUCUUUUAGUUAUUAGCUGUGUUUUAGUAAACUGCACUGAACUUACGCUAGAACUGGAAGAUAACGCCAGACAAUGUUUUUAUGAAGACGUCAAAAAGGGCACAAAAGUAACUCUAGAAUUUCAGGUUAUUACUGGUGGAAAUUAUGAUGUAGAUGUGACAUUAUACGACCCUAAAGAUAAACCUAUAUACACUGUCCAAAAGAAACAAUACGAUAGUCAUACUACUACAGCAGAAGAAGAUGGCACUUACAAGUUCUGCUUCAGUAAUGAGUUUUCAACCUUCACACAUAAGACAGUGUAUUUUGACUUUCAAGCUGGGGAUGAAGCUCCAUUGACAAAGUCGAUGGGAAGCCAUCAUACUGCACUCACACAAAUGGAAACAGCAUGUGUGACUAUCCAUGAAAAUCUUAAGAUUGCUAUAGAUUACCAGACCCAUCACAGACUUAGAGAAUCACAAGGACGUGAUGUAUCUGAAUACCUCAAUGAGCGUGUGCAGUGGUGGUCGAUUGGAGAGUCCAUCCUCAUUGUUAUUGUCGGCAUUUGUCAAGUGUUCAUCCUGCGGAAUUUCUUUGCUGAAAGAAGGUCCAACAUAUAAAAGAAAUUAUAACAAAUUACAUUGUGUACUCACAAACUGAACAGAGAAAUAUUUAAUGAUUUCAUUAAUAUUCUAGACUUUAUUUUGCAAAAAGAAAGAGCAUUGAAAACUUUGUUACAGAUUGAGGAAACCGUCUUCUGGUCAAGAGGAGUGAUCAGGGGUGUGUACUGGAGGGGUUCCAGAACUACUUUUCCUUGAUAAAGUCUUUGAAAUAAGACUUUAUUUGUCAAAUCAAUACACUAACACAUUUUCAAACAGUCAAACAGUUUGUUCAGUGCAAAAUCAAAGCAAUACUCAUACAACUUUGUAGUCAAUUGCCUGAAAUCGCAAAAAAACAAGCUGGAAUCCCCCCUCCUGAAACCUCUGUGCAUGCCACUAGUGGUGGUGUCUGUAGGAUGUGCAUUUUUAGCCUUUAGGUAGUUAUUAAUCUAAAUUUCCAGUCAUUAAUUGUGAAUACCUUUCAACAUUCUGAACAAUGUAUAGUAAUAUUAAUAUUACAGAGAUGUGUGAAAAAUAUUCCAGGUUUGCAAUUGAAAGCAAACAGGCAAAAAUACAAGUGAGCUUCAAAACAUUGCCUGAAAUAACAUUGUUUUCUUGUGUGCAAUUGUGAUAUUUUUUAAAGAUACAAACACAUCUCAAUAAUUAUCAAUUGCUUCCAGCAUGCACUUGUCACUAGCACACCAGAACAUAAUAAUUCACACAUAUGCUAAAAUUACAUAAAUUGCAUAGACUUGCUCACUCAAAUUUUUGGAAAAAUGGUUUGAGACUUGAGCAAUUUAUACAAAAACUAGAUUACGUUUAAAGAACCUGGGCCAUUUUGAUUGAUGGUUGAUUGAUAGUAUCCCGUGUUAGGUACACGCUGUAAAGUAAGGCCCAUGUGCAUUCAGGAAUCAUUUGGCAUUUUUUUUAACUUGUAUGAACUUUUUCCAUUGUUGAUUCUGAACCAAUAGGCCCUGUACAGCUGGUGGUGACCAAAUGAUAGAAAUGAAAAGAGCAGGUCAGAAUUACAUGUAGUAAGAAGACAAAGUUUCAAGUCUGAGCACAUAAUGCUUAAUAAAAUGGUAGGAAAUACACUUUUUUCUAAAGAAAUGUAUGCAAAAAUAGAACUGGCUUGUUCGCAUACGUUUAUUGAGAAAAUGAGGAUUUUACAAUUGCUGCCAUUCUUGAAGUAUUUAGAGUUGAGACUUAAAACUUUGCAAUUUUAUGUAUGUCAACCUGCUCAUUCCAUUUCUGGGCACCGUGAUUGAUUUAAGGUAGGUGUGAUCACCUGAACUCUAGCUGCACAGGGCCUAUUGGAAAGGCCUAUUAUCUUUGAACAAGCGAUCAUCUGUAAAACAAGCAAUGAUUGCAGAGAUUCUUGGUUGCACAUGAGCCUUUGAUAGGAUUAUCUUAUUCAUAGAAAAACACUUGAUCUUGAAACAGAUCUGGAUCUUUUUAGAUGGUGACCUUUUUUCAAAUCAUUUGUUGUGUAUAUAUAUAGUCCAAAAAGUCUCGACUCCUUGAUUCUUGAACAAAAUGAGUGUUAUUCUCAAACAAACUAGAAAUGAUGGGAAAUCAUCUAAAACACCAUCUAGAUUUAAGUAUUUAGCCAACUUUUGUUUGCUGCUUGUAAUAUUUUGGAUGGAUUAAAGGGUGUUUUGCCAGCCAAAAAUAUAUCUUCGUUUGGUGAUUCAACAAUUCGUGUUGGGUCACUGGACAGUGUUUGACACUGCUCAGUUAAGAAGUUUCUUGUUUGGUGCAGGCUUUUGGCUUUAUUAUGGUAGAGAUAAAAACUGAAAUAAUUUCCGUACAUUUUACUUGUCAAUAAUAGCAAAAUGUUUCCAUAAAAAAAUAAAAACUUUUACAUAUAAUUGCC